GCCUCAUGCACACUGCAGAAAGCUUCGGGUUCCCGUUCGUGUAGAGAGGUUCAUAGUUCUGCACAGAUUGAGGUUUCAUUUUAAACUCAACUAACGAUUAAAGUGUUAGCAUACUGCAAGCACAUGCGUUUUGGUUUAUGCAGUUCACGCAUUUUCUGUGUUCGUCUGUGUGCUGUCAGUUUCUUACGUGUGUGUGGUGUUAAAACAACUGUAAGCAUGCCUAAAAGAGCCAAGAAGAACGAGGAAGCUGUGGAUGGGGAGACUGGCAAUGGAGCUGAACCUGCAAAGAAAGAGAAAAAGGGGAAAGAGCCAGAAGCCCCAAUUCUGUAUGAAGAUCCUCCGGAUAAGACAACCAGUAAGGAUGGCCGCGCGGCCAACAUGAAGAUCACCUCCUGGAAUGUGGACGGCCUGCGUGCGUGGGUCAAAAAGAACGGCCUUGAUUGGGUGCGUAAGGAGGAUCCAGAUGUGUUGUGUCUGCAGGAAACCAAGUGCGCUGAGAAAGCGCUGCCAUCUGAGAUCACUGACAUGCCUGAGUAUCCGCACAAGUACUGGGCUGGAUCAGAGGAUAAGGAGGGUUACAGUGGAGUGGCCAUGCUCUGCAAGACUGAACCCCUCAAUGUCACCUAUGGUAUUGGUAAAGAGGAACAUGAUAAAGAGGGCCGGGUUAUCACUGCUGAGUUUCCAUCUUUCUUCCUGGUCACGGCAUAUGUGCCCAAUGCCAGCCGUGGUCUGGUGCGACUUGACUACCGCAAGACCUGGGAUGUGGAUUUCCGGGCCUACCUGAGCGGCUUGGAUCAGCGCAAACCCCUGGUGCUGUGUGGAGAUCUGAAUGUGGCCCACCAAGAGAUUGAUCUCAAAAACCCCAAGGGUAACCGUAAGAACGCAGGCUUCACCCCCGAGGAACGUGAGGGCUUCACCAAACUUCUCGAAGCCGGUUUUACCGACAGUUUCCGGGAGCUGUAUCCGGAACAAGCCUAUGCCUACACCUUCUGGACCUACAUGAUGAACUCUCGAGCCAAAAACGUCGGCUGGCGUUUGGACUACUUUGUGCUGUCAUCUGCCUUGCUCCCAGGUCUGUGUGACAGCAAGAUCCGAAACACAGCCAUGGGAAGUGACCACUGUCCUAUUACCCUGUAUUUGGCCGUGUAGAUCAAGUUUCUUAGGCCCACAACCAUUUCAGUUCUAUAUACAUCUGCAUAGACACAGAAGAGUCGAGUCUUGUUAGUUUUAGAUUAGUAUUACCUUUCUAAAAACCAAAUACAGGUCCACGUAUGAGAAUAUGUGUGGUGCAGACACGCAUUGAAAAGAGUUGUGGUUAAAUUGUUUUGCUGCUUUGGUUCAGCCUGCUGUUAUCGGUCAUGUUAAAUCAGAUUUUGACACUAAAAAUCACUGAAAAUCCUCAUCCCACUUUAUAUUUGCAAAGUUUAAAAAAAAACAAAAAAAAAACAUUCAGACUGUUAUCGAAAUGACAAACCCUGCCAAACUACUGUAAUAAACAUUGUCUUAGUGUUGAUUAUAGCAAAAUGAUUUGAAGCUUGUAAAAUACCUUGACCUGCAAAGAUAUAUGAUGUGUCUGAUUUGUAUGAAGUUAAAGUUCUUUGGAUUUUGUCUUUGGUGCUAUCUUAACCUUUUGAUUUUACAUUACUCUCAACUUAGUAAAGUUAGUGGUAGUUAAAUGUUACAUAUGCCAUAUAUUAGUUUCAAAAGACCAAUGAUUUUGCUUAUGUGCUGUUUUUUCCAUAGUGUGUGUGUCUGUAGCCAUAUUUUCAGGUUUUGAAAUAAAGUAGUUUAUAAAAAAUAA